AUGGGUCAGGUGUUUCCGAGGCGCCGGAAUGCGAACAAGAAUGCGUGUAUAAACCCAUCACGAGGGCAACCCUGGCGCGCUGGUAACCGAAGCCGAACACCUCCAACCUGGCCUGGAGCUGGUCGGUCUGGGGGUGAUACCACCUCCUUUUGUCCAACCUCUGCUCAAACACAGCGGGACAUCUUCCCUCGCCCGCACAACCAGCAUUUCUGGCCCCACCAGACCGCGAAUGACAGGCCGACUUCACAACACUGUCUAACGGGGAGACAAAUUUGCCACCUCUCUUUCAUCGGUAUCGGUAGCUACACUUGCCAUGGCGACGCAUAA